GCGCGGCCCGCCCCGCCCCGCCGUGCCUGUGCGCGCCCAGAGCCCCUGCGGGCGGAGCAGGGCUCCACGCGGCUCCGCACCUCGGCGCGGCGGGGCGCGAUGGGGCGGGCGGGCCGCCGGCUGCCCGCCGUGGCGGCGCUCUGCUACGGGGCGCUGGCGGCGCUGGUGCUGUUAGGGGUGCGGGACGUGCUGUUCCUCUACGAGGAGAACCGCUGCAGCAUGACCUACAUGUACGAGUAUCCCGAGUACCUGAAAAUAAAAUUACCGAAGAAAACAGCCAGACGUUACCCAGCAUAUGAACUCUAUCUCUAUGGAGAAGGAAAUUACGCUGAAGCAAACAAAAAUCUGAUAUUGACAGGAAUUCCAGUUCUCUUUCUUCCUGGAAAUGCUGGAAGUUACAAACAAGUACGUUCUCUGGGCUCUAUUGCACUUAGAAAAGCAGAAGAUAUUGACUUCAAGUACCAUUUUAAUUUCUUCAGUGUCAACUUUAAUGAAGAAUUGGUUGCAUUGUAUGGUGGUAGUCUGCAAAGACAGACCAAGUUCGUGCAUGAGUGCAUAAAAGUAAUUCUUAAGUUGUACAGGGAUCGAGAAUUUGCACCAACCAGUGUUGCAAUAGUAGGUCAUUCCAUGGGUGGUCUUGUUGCAAGAGCAUUGCUUACUCUGAAGAAUUUUAGGCCUGAGCUUAUAAACCUCCUUAUUACACAAGCCACACCUCAUGCUGCACCUGUAAUGCCUUUAGACAAAUACCUUACCGAUUUUUAUACAGCUGUAAACAAUCAUUGGAUUCUAAAGGCCCAAGAUUUAAGAAAUUUGACUACCCUUUCUGUGGCGGGAGGAUUCAGAGAUUACCAAGUUCGUUCAGGACUGACUUUUCUACCAAGAUUGAGUCAACAUGACAGUGCCUUAUCAGUUGUGAGCUCAGCAGUGCCUAGAGCUUGGGCCUCGACAGACCACCUCUCUAUAGUGUGGUGCAAAGAAUUGAUCCUGGCUACGAUUAGAGCUUUUUUUGACCUCAUAGAUGAAAACACAAGGCAGAUAACUGAGGAUCCAAAGAGGAGAAUGUCAGUAUUGAAUCACCACUUUGUGAGACAUCCUGCAAAAAUAUUUGAGGAAAAUUCUGAAGCUCUUACAGAACUCACAGGAGCUUUCAUGUGGAUUAAAGUCAAAACCUCAAAAUGGACCUAUUCAGUUUACAAUGAUUCUGAUGGAAAAUAUUUCACAUUUCCUCUUGCAAACCACAGAAAAUCCUACAGUCACGUUUACUGUCAAAACAGUAUGUUGGACAUGAGUAGCUGGAUUUAUGGCUGUAUAAACAGUAAUUCAUCUAUGUGCCUGGAAGCCACUGAUCUAUCCUGGAGAGCUGAACUACUUCCAACUGUCAAGGUUGUAAUACUGAAACUUCAGGAUUAUCCUUCUUUGUCCCACAUUGUCAUUUAUGUACAACCCACAGUUGGCAAUAAGUUUACUUUGGACUGUGAAUUCUUCAAAGAGGAUUCCAAAACAGUACAGCUUCCUGUAACGCAUCUUUUUUCUUUUGGGCUUUCUUCAAGGAAAAUUCUAUUAAAUUCAACAGGCUUACUUUACAAUGUACAGCUCCUGCACUUUGACCAAAUAUAUCAAGCUUUCAAAAUCUCUAUAGAGAGCCAUUGCCAGUUACUCAAAGAAAGAAAACCUAGUGUUUACAGACUUCAUAUACCCUGGUCACAUGAAGACUCAAUAAUUGUAGCUAAAGUUCCAUCUUUUACUGAGAUUUCUGCAAAACUGCAUAUUGCGCAGCCUGAAAAUGACAGCAGUGUUCCAGUGUUAAAUAUUUACUCUUCCUCAGACUGUCAGUAUGAAGUAAUUCUGAAGACAUCACUUUUACAGAUUCUUGGGCAAAUCAUAAGGUUCCAUGGCUGCUCUCUUCCUGUGUAUGUUGCUUCUAAUAUUCUUCUUACCUAUGGAGGCCAGUUAAGCACAUUGAUAUCAACAGGGCAGUGUUCAGAAUUUUCCCUCGAACUAGUUAGAACCGCUAAACCCUACAAAAUAGACCCUGCCAUAAGCAUUGUGGUGUUUCUGCUGGGGUUUAACUGGUUUAGAGAGAUAUGGGAUUCACUGUCACUACCAGAGGUGGAUGCUGCUGUACUGAGUAGUCAGGAUGCAUGGUUCCCCCUUGUGUCCCUGAUUCUAUUUCUUUUUGGGACAGGCAUUGCAUACUGGAGUGGUGUAUUUUUCUCUUCAUCUCUGAGACUCUUCUCUUCGUUAUGGUUAACUCUAAUAAGACCUUCUGUACUUCAAAAAGAUAACAAGCUGAUUACACCCGGAAGAGUGUGUGUGGUGGUGUCUCUUGCUUUGGUUAGCUGGACCACUUGUGGUGCAUUUGUUAUAUUCAUUAUUUAUCUUCGAUAUGUGUUUAAGGUUAUUAAACUAUACGUAAGUGUAAGAGCAGAACAAAACGUGCUUAAUAGGGAUUCAGAGCACUCAAAGGAAACUUCACAGAAUGCCAUUAAACACACAGUCAAAAAACGAAAUUCAGUGGAUGGUGCAUCAGAAGCAACAGAGUCUCUCUGCAACAAUAGAACAAUUGCUGAAGAUGUCAACAGUCUUAGGAUACAUGUUACAAUCCUCAAUUUAUUCACAUGGAUUGUGCUGCUCAACUUGCCAUCUUUAAUUUACUGGUUAAAAAAUCUCAGGUACAAUGUUAGACUUGAUCCUGACCCAUGUAGAUCUACAGCUAUUAUCCUUGUAUCAGUUUUAGAAAUUCUCAUGAAUUCAAGUACUUCUGAAGUGAAAUCAAGUAAACUCUUGAAGAUUGCAGCCAAAGUUCCACUCCCUCUGUCUAUUGCAAUGUUGGCCUUUGGGCGAAUGCAUUUAUACAAAGUACCACACUUUGUAACUUUUUCUCUUCUUCUACAUGUACUGUGUUGUAUUGUGUAAUGUUUAUUUUACAUACGAAGAACAGUGCAGCCUAGAAACUAACACUGGAGACACGGCAAAUUUCAUCAAAGAAAUGCCUAGAUUUAUAUAAUCAAUAAUUAACAUGAUUUGGGAAAGAUGACAGAACUGUGAAUACUUUAUGAAAAGUUUAUGGUUCUUUUCAUGUUGCUUAGAAAGCUUCUCAUGGUGUUUAUUUCCUGACUGGAACAAUUAAGUGAAUUAAUUAUGUGCGUGUGUAAGCACAUAAAUCUUAUUAGUCUAACAUCUCAAUAUUCUGUUUGCCUUGCAGACACUUUUGAUAUUUCACUGUACUUCUUUGUUGAAACAGACUUUUUUAUUCAGUAUGCUGGUACGGUGUGUAUGUUCUGAACUUGCAUCUUUUGCAGUUCUAAAAUAUGCUGGUUAAAACUUAAAACAGAUUUCAAGCACACUGUGACUAUCACAAAAACUACAUAGCCAAGUAUACUUCUAAUCAUCUUAUGCUACAUUUAUAAGCUGCCACAGUUGUGUCUAGAUAAACUAGAAUGUACUGCUUCUACAAACUGUUAUUUCUAGCAAAUUAUUUGUUCAAUCAGUUUUAGUUGAACAUUUGUGAGAUAAUUGAAAGUCUUACACAUUUUACUUUUUGUGAGAGUGAUGAUAAUACUCUGUGUAGCUUUCUAUUCAGGAAGGUUACCAGCAGAUUCAUAAACAAUUUGCUAUAAUGUUGUUUUAAAACAUUGCCAGUUUUCUCUAGAAUUUUGUCAAUUCUGAAAUUAAUUCUUGGGGCUUGUCCAUAUGUAGAAGCUAGCAAAUGCUGAGGCAUGGUGCAAGUUUACAAUGCAGUUGCUAUGCUGCGCUGUGUUUCCAAGUAGACAUGGCAGAGUUUCUUCCUGGGAAGUGUAAAUGGAGAAGCAACUGUCUUGUAGUAAAUGUCCACACAGAGAAUUAAUAUGGAAUAGCUGCAUUAUUGUAAAAUUAUGUCCUGCCUAUGCCAAAUUCCUUGUGUGGACAAACCUUUAGUAAUAGUGGGAAAUACUGACUGUAAUUGUUAGCUCUAUAUAAAGUAUUAUCUUAGUGCCUAGAUGCUACAGUGACUGCCAUUUAUAACAAUGCUCAAAAUAGCUGUCUGUGAGGAAGUCUGUCCCCUGGAUAUGCAUUUGCUAACAAAAGAAAUUCCCCUAGCCAUUAGGUUAAAAUUAUCUGUAAUUAUUAAAGAUGAUGUGUUGAUUCAGUGUAGAGAUGAGCUUCUGUGUUACUUGCUUCUGUGUUUGCUGUCUCCACCAUCUCUGAGGCACCUGUCAUCUUAGUAUGGAAAUACUAGACCAGCUUAAUCAUCCUACAAUACGGAUAAUAACAGGAAAUCUGCUACUCACGCUCAAUAAAUUUAUAGUAGGUUCUGCAUAUAGUAGUAGAGCCUGACCCAUUUAUUUUAUUGAAUCUCAUCAUUUUUGCCUGAAGUGCCUCAGUUCUAGCUUGUUUUUAGGGUUGAUUCAUUUGAGCUGGUUGGGAAGACUUACCAGUUCAUGCAGUGACUUUCCAAAAUGAAGGACAAAUGUGAAGUAAGCACUUGUUUUGUCACCUCAUAAGCAAGCCAGCAGUUCAAGCUAUGAGUAACUCAUUAAAACUGCUUAAACUGAAUAAGAUUAUUGUUACUUAAACCAAUGUCAUUGUUAUCAGUAAUCUAUGUGCUGGUCUUCUAGUCUUAACAUUUUAUAUAAAAGGCUAGAUUGUGCAUAGUGUUUGUAAUCAGAAAAGCUGUCUGAAUAGACUGUAUCUUGAUAUCUUCUAACUAAGUGUAUGCUACAAUAUAUGUAUAUGGGAUAACUUGUGUGUGUAUAUAUUUGUAGCUAAAAUGAAGCAGUCCAUUUAACCUGAAGCUUACUAUUCAAACAUGGAAGAAUAGAGUAGAUUUUCUACUAUGAAAUGGCUGUUGGUGAAGGAUCGUGGCAAAACUGCACUGGGGCCAUGGUAAAAAGCCUUCUGUGAAAUGUGCAGGAUCUGAUUUCUGUAGGUCAUUUCCUUGGUCUAUAUGGGUCAUUUUUGCUUACUACUGUAUUGUUCUUCUAAUUUUGGUUUGCCAUUUUAAUUAGCUCUUCAUUCUAUGCACAAGCCUGUUUGUCUUAGUGAUUUUGUUGGAGCUGUAGGUGGAAUAAAAUAACAGAAUAAGAAGAGUUAACAGUCCCAGAAUACAGUAACUUUGAUAGCUUUGAUAAAGACUUCCAAAACACAUGGUGUAAAAUGUACUAAAUUGUAGCAGCAUAAAAGAACACCACAUUUUUCAUCUAUCAGUAUUUUUCUAAAGCCAGGAAUUGUUUUGAUACUUGUUAGCAUUCUUUCUUGACAUAGGUUACAGAAUUUUGUGUAGCGAUUCCUGUGUGACUUUCAAAUCUGAGAUGGGAAUAGAACACACAUUUUUAGAAAGAUACAAUCCUGUGUCUAAAAUUCCAAAUGCCAGGCUUUAUCACAUCUCCCUUGAUGCUCCCUUUUUCCAGAGGUUACUUACCCUCAUUGUGGGGGGGAAAAAAGUCUUAUUGCUAAUUUCAAUUUUGUAUGCUUUCUGUGCUGUUUGCUAGAUGAAAACCAUGUUUUCAGAGAUGUGUGUCUGGAUUUUGCAGACAGUGAUUGUGGACUGUCUAACUUCAGCUGCAUGAGAGCUAGGCAUCCACUUCCCCCUUAGACCCCCUGUAUAAUCAUUGCAGGGAGGAGGUUGUGAAGAAUACAAGUCCAAAGAACAAUUCAUCCCAUCCUAAGAGAGGAUGAAUGAUGCUACCUGCCAUUCUGAAACAAACAGGGUUUUAUAAAUGUCUAAAAUUGCUUUUCAAGUAAAUACAGUGAUUCUUUAUUUUUCUUCUUUUUGGAGAAGAAGCACCUGUUCUGCCCAUUUCUAGUUCUGCCACUGUUUGCUAUUAUAAUCUCAGCAGAAAUGUAGGUUAAUCCACUAGAAGAGCUUUUAAUUGACUGUAUGAGGAAGUUUACACAUUAAUGAGGUAUCCUUUAUUAUGAGUAGAUUGCAUUUUUAAAAAAGUUUUUGGCAAUUGGAAUGUCUCUUUAAUACCUUUGAAUUCAAUUUCUAGUUUAUUCUUCUAAUUUUAAGCUAUCUAGACUAUAAGGGAGAAAAGGAGCAAGAUGCAAAUUAACUUGUGAUGGAUUAGAGGAACUCUGCUCUGUAAGGGAAGAUUUCUGUUGACAUGCAUUCCCCAGUUCCAUUGUUCUCUCCUUUUUCAGAAGCUGAGGUAUUAAUUUUGCAAAACUGCUGCUCUUUAUCCAUGUGGAUGUUCACCACAUUUAGAUGGAAAUUAUGCUGUGAAAACAAAUGUUUUUUGGCUUGUACUUGUGAAUCCAUUCAAUGUAAGAAUUAUCUGUUUGGCUUUUUUCUGCUGUUUUAUAAGCUUUCAGAAAGAGAAUAAAAAGCAGGAUAAGAACUUGGAGUACCAAAUAUUACUAAUUUUAAGUACUGCAUAUAUGUACAGCAAGAUCAGUAUUGUCUUAGUGGGAUUUACUUAGAACCUUUCAAUGAGAUCUCCAUACGUUGAAUUGCUCUUGAUAUCUAUAACUUUUUCCAGUUGGUGUGGUUAACCAUGCAGGUUUUUCCCUACGGUCUUAUCACACAGCAAUAAUACUAGCUACAUGUAUAGUUAUUGGUUCAUAAUGACUCCGUGUUUGGUAAAGGAAAAAGUGUUUCCUCUUGGUUGAAUGUACCAAACGUACCUUGAAACUGAAUGAAUAUUGUCCAAAGGUGGUAUUUUCAGUUCUGAUUUAAAAGUGAGUUUCAGUAUGUCAUGUGUCAGCAUCAUCUUAAAUGGGGAUUGGUUUUUUUGUUUUAUUCCAAAAAGACUUGCAGUAAUGGGAUUUUCAGUUACUAUUAUUUUUAAUAUUUAGAGUUCUGCUCUGAUUUUUGAGUGAACUGAUACAUGUAGCAAAUCAUUCUUAAAUAUUCAUUUGCAAAGUUAAAAGAAAACAAAACACAACUGAAAAGAGUAAUUGUAAUAUAUAGCAGAAGAAAUGGAGACUUCCUGUACGUCUGCUUGAAACAAAACCAUUUUAAGUGAAGUUCUCAUCUAUAAACUAAUUGGGUUACCUUUAAAGUCAGUGUUUAGGGGAAAAAAAGUGUAUUCAUGUUUAAAAAAAAAUUAUUGCAUAGGUCGAUACUUAGUUUUCCAUCUGCUUGCCAGUAACAAGCUUAUAAACUUGUCACUUGGCCUUUUUCUGAAAUCUGAUACAUCUGCUCUCUGAGCUCUGACAGGACAGAAUAAAGUUAAUUAUGUGCUUGUGAACAAAUGUAAACAUUUCAGAAGAGUUUAUUUGAUCAAGUUUAGUUCAGUACAGUGAUGAGAGAGUUUAGACAGACUUUUGUAUUAUUUAUACUGAAAAAAGAGCAGAUGUUUUAUAGACCUUCAGUACUCUGAUGUACUGAAAAUGUUUUGUGGGGGAAGCUUACAGUGUAUGUACAAUAAUUGUGCUCCUGUUUUAAGUCACUAAGCUGCUAGAAAAUUGUUAGGUGUAAAAAAGCCUAAAUUCUUAAAGGUGUUUUUUUGUUUGUUUUACAUUUCAUAGUGAAUGCUGGACAUUUAUUUUUCAUGUUUGACUCUUUACAUUCCCUUCUGGAAAAUAAUUGAGGUAGCUUUUUAUAAACAGCACUGUACUUACUAUAAAUGGUUUUAAAACUUUCAUCACUGUUCCAUUGGGGGGGGAUACACUUCUGUCACCAAAGCUACAUGCUACUCUUCUAUACCUCUGGAUAUGUGUGCCAAUGAAUGACAAUUAACAGAUUCAUUUUUAUGUUAAAGUUAAAUAAUUUUUCUACUUUUUUAGAGCUAGAACUUUAAGCUAGUAUUCAUAAUAAAAUAUUUAAAGCCUCUAAAAGUUUGUUUGAAAACCUUUUACAAAUGUAAUACUUUUCUGACAUUUUUGUUUAUGGAAGAAUGUAAUCAAAGCUUUUAAUCAGCUCAUUUAUCUCUUAAAGCUUAAAUUAAAUAAAAUGUAUAAAUUUUAUCCUCUUAA